AUGAGCGCCCUACUCGAAACCUCUCUGGGCGACAUUGUGAUCGACUUGCUCGUCGAUGAUUCCCCCCCGCGCCUCUUCUUGAAGUUGUGCAAACUCAAGUACUACAAUUUCUCUCCCGUACACAGCGUCCAAAAGAACUUCUCCUUCCAGACUGGCGAUCCUCUGGGCCCCGAUGCCCCAGGAAGCGAUGGCGGCUCCUCUGUCUGGGGAGUCCUCGACGGCCCUGCGAAGAGGACAUUCCCCGUGGAGAUACACCCCAAACUCAAGCAUACCGAGCGCGGCACCGUGAGUAUGGCGACGGUGCCUGCGACCAACGAUCCGGACCAGCGCCUUGCCGGUAGCCAAUUUUUGAUCACGCUCGGAGAUAAUCUGGACUAUCUGGAUGGGAAGGCGGCGAUCUUUGGCAAGGUCGUUGAGGGAUUCGAUGUCUUGGAGAAGAUCAAUAGCGCUUUCAUCGAUGAUCGCGGUCGACCCCUGAAGGAUAUCCGUAUCCGUCAUACAGUCGUGCUGGAUGAUCCGUUCGAGGAUCCAGCUGGUCUGGUGGAACCGCCCGAGAGCCCUGUGCCCUCCAAGGCGCAAUUGGAUACGGUACGCAUCGCAGAUGAUGAAGAUCUGGACGAUGACAUGGAUGAAGAGGCUAUGGAGAAAUUGCGCCGGGAGCGCGAGGCUCGCGCCCAAGCUUUGACUCUGGAGAUGGUUGGUGACCUUCCAUUCGCCGAUGUCAAGCCUCCGGAAAACGUGCUGUUCGUCUGUAAACUGAACCCGGUUACGCAAGACGAGGACCUCAACCUCAUCUUCAGCCGCUUCGGUGCCAUUCUGUCGUGUGAGGUCAUUCGCGACAAGCGCACCGGUGACAGCCUGCAGUACGCGUUUAUCGAGUUCGAAAACCAGAAAGACUGCGAACAAGCCUACUUUAAAAUGCAAGGAGUGCUGAUCGACGACCACCGCAUCCACGUCGACUUCUCACAGAGUGUCUCUAAAUUAUCCGAAAGCUGGCGCAAUGCCACUGUCACCAAGCGCAAGCAACGAGGUGGCUUCGGUGGUGUCGCAGAUCUUGAGCAGAAACGUCAGUACCGAGACUCUGAUUACGAUCGAGUGGAGGAGGACGACGGUUCCUACGGGAUGAUGUUCGACAAGCGCAAAGAGAAGGAGAAGCAGAGAACCCACUCGUCAGGCCCUCCUCCCAUCCAGCGCAGUCCUCGCCGAGACUCACAUCGUGAUCGACGAGGUAGUCGCAGUCCUCGUGGCGAGCGGGAUAGGUAUCGUCGGCGGUCACACAGUCGGAGUCCUCGAAGAGACUCACGGCGUGACCGAGACCGACAACGGGACCGGCGCGAUAGGGAUCGGCGAUGA